AUGGCGGAAGAAGAUCACCGCUGGCUGCUCUACGGUUGCGAGCUGAGUGACUUCACAAUCAUCUGCGAAGGUGAGGAGAUUCAGACUCACAAACUGAUUCUCGCCAUGCACUCUGGCUACUUCAAGAGACUCUUCGAGAAUGAUUCCCAGGAGAAAAGUGAAGCCUUAGUCGGCUUUGACGAUGUCGAUACCAAGCUCAUGACCCAUCUUCUUGACUACUUCUACCGUGGCACCACAGAUUGGUACAUUUCGGGCUUUAGUUUGGACUACUGCAUCCGCUUGUGGCUCCUUGCAGACAGAUUUGAAGCCCGGACCGUCAAUAUCACGAUUGAGAAGCAUAUGAUGACCGAAUCGGAACUCUACGAGGAAAAGAGCCGCAUCGCCACAACUGAGAUGCUAGAUAUGGUGUUCACCCAUCCGAACUGCGCGGACUCCGCUUUGGGAUACAUCACCGGUGAGGCUGCUUGGAUCUGCUUCCUUAGCUCAGACUUUUCCGAGGCUGCCACGGCGGUGAAGGAUGCAUCUUCGCGGUACAAUAAGCUGGCGAACGUGAUGCUUUUCUGGUCUGCUCAGUACAUCCAACUCAAUGAUAGCAGCAACGGAGCUUCUUCGUGCCCCUACAGCCAUGAUCAUGUUGAACUCAGGGAAGAUGUGAUCGCCCAGAAGUUCUGGUAG